GUCAAUACAAGCGUAUACAACGGUUGAAAACUAUAACAAACUUUUUAUAUAAAAUAAUAUAAAAAAACAUUAAACCAACAACAAAGCAAUAUAAAAUUAAUAAAAAAAAUUGCAUAACAAAUUCUUUGUAUAUUAAUCUUUAAAGAUAAUCUAAAAAAUGAUAUUACAAAGAUUUUUAAGACCACAUCUUAGUUUCAUACUAUUGAUAUUAACUUUUACGCCAGAAACUAUAUCGAUUUCUAUUCUACAACUUGUCGGUACGAUAUCAGCAAGUAAAGACGUCAUAAGUGUAGUUAACGAGGCAACAACGGCUUUUUCAGAGUGCUGGUAUACAGUGGAAAAUAAAAGACAAGAAUCUCAAAAUAAUUUAUUAGAGAUUUUAAAAAUUUUCACUGAACUCAAGAAUGAUAUAAAUGUUAUCGAGAAAAGGCAUUCUGUUAAUAAUAAUUUUAUUAAUUUACAAUUGCUGACAAAAGUGAAUGACUUUACAAAUACUUCGCAUAAUGUGGCUCAACGUUUUAGGGAAUUCCAACAAUUUUUAGUGCAUGAUAAUAACUUGGACCCCACAACAUUAUUAACAUUUGCCGAAUGGACUGUUGCAUCAAAUGGCUUUGCUGUGCAAAAUUUAAUGGAUAAUUGGCAUAGAAAAAUUUUCGUUCAAAAUGAUCAAGAGAGCAAUAAACUUUACUCUAAUCUUUUUGAAUUAUUGGUGUCAAGUUAUAAGAAAGAAGAAAAAUGUUUAAAUCAACAAUCUAGCCAACAAUUUAUAUAUUCUUUAUACACAAAUAUUGCAUUAACUGAACUGAAAGCUUACACUUUACUGGAAUUAUCGUGGUUAAUCUUAAGUGUGUAUAACAAGGGAAAUUUCUCACAUGAUGCCGAAAUUAUACGUAAGAAUUAUGAAAAACGUUCGGAGCAAACAGAGCGUCAAUUAUACAAGCUAAUGCAAAAAGCCGAUCGUAUGGUUUGGCGUUGUGAUCCUGAACGUUAUAUUGAGGGUGAAACCUACGAACAGGUUACACGUCUGUUACAGGCUUAUAUUGAGAAUGAGGUUGAUAUGAGUUCAAGUCGUGAUUGUAUGCAAUCAUGUUCGGCCUAUGGACGUACAAGUAAUGUUGGUUGUUAUAUGGAUCAGUUUUGUGCCAAACAGGAACGUUGUUCGGGUCAAAUACAUGAUUGUUAUUAUACCAGUGGCUAUAUAACAGCAUGUCCUUCGGCUUUUGAAAGUCUUCGUCGUUAUGAAUAUAUAAAAUAUAAUGACCAAACCAUUGGAAAGGAAACUCACUGUCAGCGUGGUGAAUCAGAGGCCAAUUCAUGGAUGCGUUAUUUAGUAUGGGAAUGUAGUUAUUGUAUAUGCUUUUGUGAUGAUCAGAACAGCAUCAAAACGAAUCGUUAUUUUAAUUUACGUGAAACUCUAUCAAAUAUCGAUGACAAUAAGGUUGUUACUGGUUUACGUUUUACUAAAGUAAAUCGUGUAUUUCAUUUGCAAAUACAAGAGGGACAGCUUAUGCCCAGAGGUAUUAUAAAUGAAUCAACUUUGAAUUGGAAACCAGUAGAUAACUAUACAAUAUACGAAAGAGGAGUUCUUCAAAAUCAAGAUUAUUUCACCUUAACUUAUGAUACUCGUUCCAUAGAUUUGGAUAAUAUAGAAACCUUUGAUGAAAAUUAUGUAAUAACAGGUGUACGUUUUCAAGUGGUAGGAGCACAUUUGAAUUUACAAGCCAGAUUAAGUAAAUUUAAUUAUGCUAGUGGUCAAUUGGUAAAUCCCAAAGAAAUUAGUUAUUGGAAAAUUAAUGACAUCAGUGAGUUUAGAAGAAAUGAAAUUGUUUUAAGUGAUCGCGAUGUACCCACUCGUUCUACUGACAAAUCUGAACCGAAUUUUGGAUCCAAUCAAUAUUUAAAAUUUUCCGUUUCUAGUUUAGAAAAAGAUGUCUCUCAGACUAAUAUACCAUUUAUAGAUAUACAAGAUGUUGUUUCUAAACCUCCAGUACCUUUGGCUGGUAUUGGUAUUUACUACAAAGGUAGACAGGGUUAUGGAGGAUUUAUAGCUCCGAAGAUUAUAACUUAUGACUUUUCUCCUCGUUUACAAACAACUCAAUAAAUUGAAAUUUUAAUGUAAUUUUAAUUAUUUUUUCAUAUGUUAAUUUCGUAAAGUAAAAUAAAGAGGAGAUUUAAAGUUUGUA